AUGAGGUUGUUGAAGACACAAUAUAGGGAAAUUGCUGAGAUGAUAUCGCAUUCGGCUUCUAUAUUCGAUUGGGAUGAUGUCAAGAAAUGUGUUACUUGUGAUGAUGAUGUUUGGAUUGGUUGGAGUCACCCAGCUGCUGCAGGACUUAGAAAUAAGCCUUUCCCUCACUUUGAUCAAUUAGCCAUUAUAUUUGGGAAAGAUAGAGCAACUGGGGAAGGAACAGAGUCACCAACUGAUGUAGUGGAGAACAUAAAAACUGAGGAAGUUGCAUUUGCAGCAACAAGGAUAGCUUUAGAAGCUUUCAAUGCAUUGAAUGUUGAUGAAGAUGACAAUGGUGAUGAUGAUGUUUCUCCUGCUCAAGCUACCAAUAGUGAAGGAUCCACUGCUGCUAGAAAAAGGACUAUAAAGCAAGGUGACAGAGAGGUGAGUCAUAAAAAAACUAAGACAAAAAGUAAUGGUGACAACAUUGUUCAUGCAUUCCAAUCUAGUGUGGAUAAGAUUGGAGAAAUCUGUCAAGGUGCAAGAGAAUGA